CAAAGUCUCGUGGCCACCACCACUAUAGUUGAUACUUCAGCAUCACUCAUGUGGGGCGCGCCUGUGCAGGGAGGGAGCGGAGGAAGUCCCGAUGUGGAUGGUGGCGAUGAUGAUGGGGAUGCCAGCCCUAUCCCGGACUCACCUGUUCCUUACACAGUGACGAUUACCACUUCUAUACUAGCACAAUCGGUUCAAGAUUCAGCCACGAGUACGAGCUCGAGCUCGAGCUCUAUUACGGUUCCUCAACAUAAACCACCGGUAAUGGACACGAUACCCGCUGGAAAUGAUCCUGGUGUUGCUGCGCCGACAAUGAGCACCACCCCGACUCCGGAGGCAUCGAUCAAGCAAAUGACGACCAGAACGACUCCCACUUGGGAUCCUACCAUCGAGCCAGCUGUAACGGGCACGUCUUCCACUAGUACUUCGUCAGACCAACCGUCAACUCUAGAUUCGACAACUGAGCAACCCACAACGAGUACGUAUUCUGUUAGUACCCCAUCGGACCAACCACAGACGACGAGCACCACUCCCGUUCCGGAUACCUCGGUCCGAGAGCCGUCUCAUACAACUCCCACUACUACGGCGUCGACUACCAUCAAGGUCACUCCGAUAGCUCGGUAAAUGGCGGGUCUUCAUUAUGAUAAGCUCGUGAAAUUUUGAGGAGGGCGGCAAAGGAUACAUUAUGUGACUGAAGGCUAUGGCAGAAUGUAUCAUUCAUAGAUAGUUUGUAGCCAUACUCUUUACGGGAAAUUGUGUUGCGGCCCCUUAUGCAAGUGGGAUGAGAUAGUAUUAUGCAUUUUGGAAAGUAUUUAAUGUAUAUUCCCACCCCUUGUGCUUUUUGAGGAGCCUUUUUCUA